ACGCGUGAAUUAACUAUACAUGCCUUGGAUUGCUGAUAAAUUAACACACGUCUUGGUUGGAUGGCCAAUUGACGAUACGUGUCUUGGUUGCCACACAACAAGGGGCGGGAAUAAAUUAGGAUCAUUAUCUAAAUUCACGGGAAAUUUCCUAAUUUACCGCGUUUAGGUACCGCGCGUGGAAUGGGAAUCCGGAACGGCACAUCCCUACACUACGGUGCUGACUGAACUGAUCUUGUCGACGAGAUAUUUAUAUUUUAUUAAAUUUGAUAAAAUAUAUAAUAAAUUGGUAUUAUAAAAAAAGUCUCGUUAUUAAUCUCAUGUAGAUUUCUAUUACUUUGGAAAGAAUGCAUAAAAUAUUAGAAUUUCAGUCAGUAGUCCUGGCUGCUGGUCGAGGCUCUCGGCUACCCGAUGUUGGUGGGACGGUGUCUAAAUGUCUCUUGCCUGUGGGACCAUAUCCAGUUCUGUGGUAUACAUUGAAUAUGUUAGAAAGAUUUGGAUUUCAAGAAACAAUGGUGGUAAUACUUAGUGAAGAUCUAUCAAAUAUUAUAAAUGCCCUUGAAAAGUGUCCUUUGAAAAUCAAAUAUGAAUUGAUUGUAAUUCCAUCAGACGAAGAUUGGGGCACAGCAGACUCCCUUAGACACAUCAGUAGCAGAGUGAAUACAGAUAUUUUAGUUGUGUCUGGUGAUUUGAUUACCAAUACAAAUCUCAAUGAUUUACUAAACCUGCAUCGUAAGCAUGACUCUGCUCUUACCACCUUGUUCUUUAAUAAUGGUUUGGAACCAUGGAUUGAGCUCCCUGGUCCCAAAAACAAAAAUAAACCCGAUCGAGAUCUUGUGUGCAUAGACAAAGAAACUCAAAGACUUGUGUUCUUAGCCAGUGCUAGUGAUUUUGAAGAAAAUGUCACAAUUCCAAGAAUCAUUAUAAAAAAAUACAAUGACACAACUUUAUACAGCAGGUUGCUUGAUGCUCAUGUUUAUGUAGUUAAGAAGUGGGUUAUAAACUAUUUAGUGGAGAGCAACAAAUUCACUUCUGUUAAAGGGGAAUUGAUACCACAUAUAAUAAAGAAACAGCUUUCAAAGCCUAAGACUACUGCUGAAAAAAAGGGUAUGUCGGAAAAGAAUAUUGAAGUAUCAAAAGAUGUUCUUGAUUAUGCACAAGAGACUGGCUUUGAGAGUAAAAUUAGAGAAAUGUCGUCAUACAAUGAUCACAAACUGGGCUCAAAGAGUGUGUACUUUGAUGAUGUACUUAGAUGUUAUGCACAUAUUGCACCAAAAAAUACAUUUGGUAUGAGAAUAAAUACUCUGUCAGCAUUUUAUCUUUGUAACAGCAUGAUAUUAUCAAAAUGGGAAGAACUAAUGGGCUCUACCCUUGAAGAAAGAUUUCAUCCUAACAGUGAAGUAAAAACGAAACAAAUAGAUGAAAGCUGUACUGUGGGAGAGAAAAGUUUUAUAAGUGAAAAGACGUCUAUAAAGAGUACAUUUAUUGGGCCCAACUGCACUAUAGAAAAUAAAGUUAGGCUGACAAAUUGUAUAUUGAUGAACAAUGUUACAAUCAAAGAAGGCUGUGUUCUUCAAGACUGCGUGAUUUACACCGGGGCUACGGUGGACUCCGGGUGCUCCCUGCAGCACUGCCUGGUUGGGCCUCACCACCUGGUGCCAGCCUCUACUGCCAGCAAUCAUCAGCUGCAUGCUGAAACCACCGACAAUAUGAUUACUCUUGGAUAGUAAUGAUUAUAAUUUAUUUAUUUAAA